AUGGAGAACAACAAAGUCGAGGAGGUCAAACAGACCGUCCAGGCUGACAUCAAGGGCGAAAAGACCUCUCAGCAGGUCAAGCCCGCUAAUGACGGCCAGCUCGAGAAGCAGAUGACCCCCGAGUCACAGGAACUCGCCCGUCCCGAUGGCAUGUCGGUCGACGACGUCUACGAGCGCAAGGUCUACAUCCUCAACAAGGUCAUGAACGAGCACAUCGGCAUGGGCAAGGUCCAAUGGUCCCUUUUCCUCCUCUCCGGUUGGGGCUGGAUGGCUGACAACCUCUGGCUUCAGGGUGUUGCCAUUAUUCUCCCACAGGUGCAGCGUGAAUUCAACAUCACCACUUCCGUCCGUUGGAUGACUUUCGCCCUCUACUGUGGUCUUAUUUGCGGUGCCGCUAUCUGGGGUAUCCUUGCCGAUGUCAUCGGUCGCCGUCCCUCGUUCAACAUCACUCUUUUCAUUGCUGGUGUCUUUGGUAUCGCAGGUGGUGCCGCUCCCAGCUUUGUCGGUCUCGGUGGUCUGCUUGCCGCUCUCGGUUUUGGUCUCGGCGGUAACUUGCCCGUCGACGGAAUGAUGUUCCUCGAAUUCGUCCCCGCCGAUAAGCAAUAUCUCCUCACCCUCCUUUCGGUCUUUUGGUCGCUCGGUCAGCUCCUUGCUUCGCUCGUUGCAUGGGCCUUCAUCGCCAACUACUCCUGUGACGGUAACCAGACCAACACUCCCGGUGAGGGCACCGUUCCUUGCGAUGUUUCCCAGAACAUGGGCUGGCGAUACACCUUCUACACCCUCGGUGCAUUCACUUUCGUCAUGUUCAUCUGCCGAUUCUUCGUCUUCCGCCUUCCCGAGUCGCCCAAGUUCUAUCUCUCUAAAGGCCGUGACGCCGAGGCCGUUGCCGUUCUCAAGGAGAUCGCUCGUCGCAACGGCAGGCCUCUUGGUGACGACAUCAUCUCUGUCGAGAUCUUCCGUUCUGCCGCUGGACAGGAGGCUGAUAUGGACGUUCGUGAGGUCGAGGAGGAGCCCAAGGGCCUUAAGGGCCUUGCUUCGGCACCUCGCCGAUUCGUUGAUGGCUUCCGCAACGUUUCCUUCACCCCCGAUCUUUCGCACGUCAGGCCCCUCUUCUACGGCUGGAGGAUGGCAACCACAACCUCGAUUCUCUGGGUACUUUGGUCGCUCAUCGGUCUCGCCUACCCGCUCUACAACGCUUUCCUUCCCAUCUACCUUUCCGAGGCUCAGGGUGUUGAAGACACUUCUUCCGUCAAUGUUACCUACCGCAACUACGCCAUCAUCUCGAUCUGCGGUGUUCCCGGUUCCAUCAUUGCUGCAUGGAUGGUUGAGCUUCCCAAGUCGGGCCGACGCGGCGCUCUCGGUAUCGGUACCGUCCUGACUGGUGUCUUCCUCUUCCUCUUCACCACCGCAUCGAACCAGGGCGCUGUUCUCGGCUUCAACUGCGCCGCAGCUGUUGUACAGAACGUCAUGUAUGGUGUGCUCUAUUGCAUUACUCCUGAAGUUCUGCCUGCUCCCCACCGUGGUACUGGUGACGGAAUCGCUGCUGCGCUCAACCGUAUCUUCGGUGCCAUGGCUCCUAUCAUCGGUAUCUAUGCCGGCGGCACUGCUCCGCUUUACGUUGCAGCUUCGCUCUUUCUCUUUUCGGGUGUGCUUGCUUUCUUCAUUCCCAUCGAGUCGCGCGGCAAGAGCGCCCUCUAA